AUGUACCCAUUUGAAAGAUACAUGAAGAUACUUAAAGGUUAUGUUAAAAAUCGUGCAAGACCUGAGGGAUGCAUAGCAGAAUGCUAUCUAGUUGAAGAGUGUAUGCAAUUUUGUAGUGGGUAUACGAAGAAAGCAGCUGAAAUAGGUGCUCGACAUAAUCGCAAUACAGAGUUUGAAAGUGAAACAAUACUAGAAGGACACCCAAUUACUUCAGGAAAAUCAAUAAUGAUACCAGAUGAUGUGUUGCAAAUUGCUCAUCGAUGUGUUCUAAUAAACAGUGCAGAAGUCCAACCUCAUAUAGAGAUGCAUGCAGAGGAGCUUAAGCGUUUGGAUAAGCGUUUCUUGAGGGAUGCUGCAUUACUACAUUCUAGACAAAUGGAUACAUUUUGUCAAUGGUUAAAAGAGAAGAUCAAUUCUUGUGGUGGUGAGGUGUCAAAUACAUUGAAAUGGCUUGCAGUUGGCCCAAGAAAUAAUGCAAUGCCAUACUUGGGUUAUGUCAUUAAUGGGCAUCGCUUUCAUACAACCAAUGUUGAGAGGGCUACACAAAAUAGCGGUGUUUCCAUUGAAGCAGAAACUUUUUGUCGAGCUAGUAAGAGAGAUACCACACAAGUUGUGAGCAAAAUCUCUUUUUAUGGGGUUAUUAAAGAGAUUAUUUUGUUGGACUAUUAUAAAUUUCAAGUCCGUUUAUUUAAAUGUGAUUGGGCAACUACUGGAAAUGGUGCCAAAGUUGAAGAUGGAUUUACUUUGGUUAACUUACAACAGGGAAGACAUCAAUUUGAGAGAGAUCCAUUCAUUCUAGCCUCACAUGCAAAACAAGUGUUCUAUUUGAGAGAUAGUGAUACAUCUAGUUGGGAAGUUGUACUUAAAGCACCCCCAAGAGGUUUUCAUGAUUUUGAAAUGAAUGAUGAUGAUGCUUAUAUGCCGUGUGGACAUGUCGAUAUAGCUAGGCUUGAAAUGGCUAACAGUAAUGAAGAUGAGUGCUAUGUAAGGACUGAUUGUGAGGGUGUGGAAGAUAUAACUAGUUGGGAAGUUGUACUUAAAGCACCCCCAAGAGGUUUUCAUGAUUUUGAAAUGAAUGAUGAUGAUGCUUAUAUGCCGUGUGGACAUGUCGAUAUAGCUAGGCUUGAAAUGGCUAACAGUGAUGAAGAUGAGUGCUAUGUGGAAUUCUUUUCAAAGGAUUUAGUAAUUGAAGUUGCCAACCAACAAUAUGUGUGCAGAACGAAAAGACAUAGUAAAGAGCAAGAAGCUGUAGUUGCUACCACAAUGGAUGACAGAAGCAAUGGACCCAUCAGAAUUUUAGGUGCAGUUGAGAUUAAGGAUAAGUUAUGGGAUUGUGUGAAGCUUAGAUACAAAAUGCAUGAUAUCCACAAAACACAUGUGAUGCAAAAGUUUGCAAAAUUGUGGCGCAAUCACAAGUCUGAACUAUCAAGAAAAGUAAGAACUCUUGCUGCAACAGGUAAAGGUCAUUUAGCAAGUAAUAUUGCCCUCACCAAACCUGAUAACAUUGGAAUGGCUUAA